AUGUCUUACAAAGUGAACUACUCUCCUCUGCUACAUGCACGCACACCCCCAGCUCGACGGUGCCAUAAAGUGUGUGACGUAGCUCACAGCUCCAGUAUGAAAGGUCAAACUCUGCUCAGUCAGGCAGACAGUGCAGUGCUCUGCGGGUCAGAUCCACCUGAUGACAGCGUCCAGGCUCUGAAAGCUCACCUGUGGUCAGAGGAAACGUCCGAGAUGGAGAGGCUGCUGAGGAAGUGUCGGAUCAGAAGCCAGCUGGUCAGGGAGUGCAUGGCUGAAUGUCUUGGAGUGUACAUCCUGAUUCUGUUUGGAUGUGGCUCUGUCGCCCAGGUGACGACAUCUCAAGAUAAGAAUGGGCAGUACCUGUCAAUCAAUCUGGGUUUUGCUCUGGGAGUAAUGUUUGGGGUCUUUGUGUCACGUGGAGUCUCAGGUGCUCAUCUGAACCCCGCUGUCUCUCUGAGCUUGUGCUUUUUGGGACGACAUCCCUGGAUGAAGCUGCCCUUCUACAUCUUCUUUCAAGUGUUUGGGGCGUUUCUGGCUGCGUGCACUGUUGGCUUACAGUACUACGAUGCUAUCCAUGCAUACAGCGGAGGUAAACUGACAGUGACGGGUCCCACCGCCACAGCUGGAAUAUUCUCCACCUACCCUGCAGACUACCUCAGUGUGUGGGGAGGCGUCAUGGACCAGGUGAUAGGCACAGCUGCCCUGCUACUGUGUAUCCUGGCUCUCGGGGACCAGAGGAACGGCUCCCUCCCUGAUGGUCUCCAGCCUGUCCUGGUGGGAGCAGCAGUGCUGGUUAUUGGUGUCUCAAUGGGCUCAAACAGCGGCUACGCCCUCAAUCCAGCCAGGGAUUUUGGACCUCGGUUCUUCACGUACAUAGCUGGCUGGGGAGGGGAUGUUUUCAUAGCUGGUGGUGGAUGGUGGUGGGUGCCAAUAGUGGCCCCCUGUGUUGGAGCACUGCUUGGAACACUGAUCUACCAGCUGAUGAUUGAAGUUCACCAUCCUCCCAUUCCAUCUGAGCUUCAGACCUCAUGUCAGGAGGCCACUGAGGGCAAGCCGGGGCUGGAGAUGGAGGGAGGGGAGCCAGACUGUGUAAAACCCACUUAG